AUGGAAAAAUUUCUUUUUUAUCUGUUUUUCAUUGGCAUAGCAGUGAAAGCUCAGAUCUGUCCAAAGCGUUGUGUCUGUCAGAUUUUGUCUCCUAAUCUUGCAACUCUUUGUGCCAAGAAAGGGCUUUUAUUUGUUCCACCAAACAUUGACAGAAGAACUGUAGAACUGCGAUUGGCAGACAAUUUUGUUACAAAUAUUAAAAGAAAAGAUUUUGCCAAUAUGACCAGCUUGGUGGACCUGACUCUGUCCAGGAAUACAAUAAGUUUUAUUACACCUCAUGCUUUUGCUGACUUACGAAAUUUGAGGGCUUUGCAUUUGAAUAGCAACAGAUUGACUAAAAUUACAAAUGAUAUGUUCAGUGGGCUUUCCAAUCUCCAUCAUUUGAUACUGAACAACAAUCAGCUGACUUUAAUUUCUUCUACAGCAUUUGAUGAUGUCUUUGCCCUAGAGGAACUGGAUCUGUCCUAUAAUAAUCUAGAAACAAUUCCUUGGGAUGCUGUUGAGAAGAUGGUUAGCUUGCACACUCUUAGUUUGGAUCACAAUAUGAUUGAUAAUAUUCCUAAGGGGACUUUCUCUCACUUGCAUAAGAUGACUCGGCUAGAUGUAACAUCAAAUAAAUUGCAGAAGCUACCACCUGAUCCUCUCUUUCAGAGAGCUCAGGUACUAGCAACCUCAGGAAUAAUAAGCCCGUCUACUUUUGCAUUAAGCUUUGGUGGAAACCCUCUGCAUUGCAAUUGUGAAUUGUUGUGGUUGAGACGUUUGUCACGAGAAGAUGACCUAGAGACCUGUGCUUCUCCUGCACUUUUAACUGGUCGCUAUUUUUGGUCAAUUCCUGAAGAAGAGUUUUUGUGUGAGCCUCCUCUCAUUACUCGCCAUACACAUGAGAUGAGAGUUCUGGAAGGUCAAAGGGCAACACUGAGGUGCAAAGCCAGAGGAGAUCCUGAACCUGCUAUUCACUGGAUUUCUCCUGAAGGGAAGCUGAUUUCAAAUGCAACUAGAUCUCUGGUGUAUGAUAAUGGAACACUUGACAUUCUUAUAACAACUGUAAAGGAUACAGGUGCUUUUACCUGCAUUGCUUCCAAUCCUGCUGGGGAAGCAACACAAACAAUGGAUCUUCACAUAAUUAAACUUCCUCACUUAUUAAACAGUACAAACCAUAUCCAUGAACCAGAUCCUGGUUCUUCAGAUAUCUCAACUUCUACUAAGUCAGGUUCUAACACAAGCAGUAGUAAUGGUGAUACUAAAAUGAGUCAAGAUAAAAUCGUGGUGGCAGAAGCAACAUCAUCUACAGCACUACUUAAAUUUAAUUUUCAAAGAAAUAUCCCUGGAAUACGUAUGUUUCAAAUCCAGUACAAUGGUACUUAUGAUGACACUCUUGUUUACAGAAUGAUACCUCCUACAAGCAAAACUUUUCUUGUCAAUAACCUGGCUGCUGGAACUAUGUAUGACUUGUGUGUCUUGGCAAUAUAUGAUGAUGGCAUCACUUCCCUCACUGCCACAAGAGUCGUGGGUUGUAUCCAGUUUACUACAGAACAGGAUUAUGUGCGUUGCCACUUCAUGCAGUCCCAGUUUUUGGGAGGCACUAUGAUUAUUAUUAUUGGUGGAAUCAUUGUAGCAUCUGUGCUGGUUUUCAUCAUCAUUCUGAUGAUCCGGUAUAAAGUUUGUAACAAUAACGGGCAACACAAGGCCACCAAGGUCAGCAAUGUUUAUUCUCAAACUAAUGGGGCCCAAAUGCAAGGCUGCAGUGUAACCGUGCCCCAGUCCAUGUCCAAACAAGCUAUGGGACAUGAAGAAAAUGUCCAGUGUUGUAAAGGUACCAAUGACAAUGUGAUCCAGCCUUCAGAAACUUGUUCAAGUCAGGACUCCUCUACCACUACCUCUGCUUUGCCUCCUACCUGGACUUCAAGCACUUCUGUGUUCCAAAAGCAGAAAAGAAAGACUGGCACAAAGCCAAGUACCGAACCACAGAAUGAAGCUGUCACAAACAUUGAGUCCCAAAACACUAACAGGAACAACUCAACUGCAUUGCAGUUAGCCAGUCGACUUCCCGAUUCUGUCACAGAGGGACCCACAUCCAAAAGAGCACAUUCAAAGCCAAAUGCUUUGCUGACUAAUGUUGACCAGAUUGCCCAAGAAACACAGAGGAUUAAAAUAAUUAUUUCAAUUCCAUUAGCCAGAAUAUUCUCGAUGCUGAAAUUCUUGUUUAGGAGCCUUCAAGCAUGUGUCUAG